GUAAACGUAUUCUGUGGCAAAGAGGACUAACUUGGAGCAAACAUACUCCGAAUUUGACGCACCGGACGGGGCGCUCGCCGCUCACUUUCGCUUGCAGUGACCCUGCCGCCGUGUCGCAUCUGCAACGGCUCCGCCUGCGUGGAAUCGCGAUUGCAUCCUGUGGUGCUUGAGUGACUUGAUGAAGGACAGAUGCGAGUGUCUUCGCAAUUUCUCGAAUGCGCUCGCCGCUUUCUGCUCGCGUGCUCUUUUCGUUCUUUACUCCCUCCUUCUCUGUUCGACGAGUUCUGCCCGGCUCAUACGCCCCUUCUGCGUGGUCUGUGGGCUGUGGGUCUCGGUAGGUCUCCUGCAUCGUUCAGCCCGCGAUCGCCUCUUGCCUGCGGCUGCUCUCUGAUCUUGUCCCUUCUAAGUAGUACAGCAGCAUGACUCGCCAGCGCCCCGCAAAGUCCACUUUCCAUGCGCUUGGAGACACCGCCCGCGGCGCGUACGCACGAAAGGAGAUGCAGAUGCGAAGCGAGGUGCGAAAAGGGCUGAAGCAGAAACUAGUGAGACGUGUUGGCGACGUGGACCCCAAGGUGUCGAUGCAUUGGACCGUGAGCGGCCUCUGCAACAACAUCUACCUUCGCCACCGCCUCAAACUGGUCGGGUGGCCGAAGGGGAUCGUUUUCGGCGACUUGAGCAAGACGGUCACCGGGCUGGACCGGAUCUCGAUACUCGUCCAGGCGCUACGGAGCGGGGACCUCACGUUCGAGCCUAUCUCGCAGGCCGAGUAUGAUGCUGCUAAGCAGAACCCGCUGCUCGCGGCGCCCACUCACCUGAACUGUGGCCUGCGGCCGCACCCGAGCCGCGACGACAUCGGGAGGCGGCGAGGGAGCAGCAAGGUCGACCCGGCAAUCUACCCGCCUCGACAUGUGCGAGAUGGGCCGAGGUCGUCGAAGGUGGUGUCGGACGAAGCAGAGGCGAGGGCAGAAGGGCCGGAGGAGCCUCACGAGUUGUUCAAGGGCGGGCAGCUGUACGCGGGGCCGCGUCCUGGCCGGUUGCAGAUCUUGAACUGACGGCGAUGGGGUGUUCACACAGACCAGCAAAUGUUCUACUAUACAUUAGACAGUUGUAAUACGACGUCCCAGAGCG